AGCUUAAGCUCUUUUCUCCGACAAUUUACCGGCGCAUCUCUCAAUUCAAUUCCAUGUGCCCAUUCCGUUUUCUUUCUUCUACAAUUCAAAUACCAAAGAAUCACUAAAGUUUCGCUUUGAAAUACCGAAGUUUGCUUAAUUAAACCUACGAUCGAAAUCAGAAUGCUUCAGCCUUCCGAGUUUGACCGUUUUUUCGGCACUCUUAAUCCCUUUCCAUACGAUCGCCCUGCGAUUCAACAAGUCGAAGCCUCCCGUAGAAGUCUAGAGGGAUCUUUAUUCAUUGAUCGGGUUUUAAAAGCUCUCAAUUUAUCCAGAACUACUAGUCACUAUCCCCCAAAGAACAAGGAGGCCCUUCGACAGCUCUAUAUCCAGAUUUGCGAGAGCAGAAGCGCGACGAUUCACCACAAAAUAUCAGUAGUCUUCUAUCUCCUCCUUGACAUUGACGCUCGAAAUGAUACCCAACAGGCCGAAUCCUUUGCUCAGCGUGCCAGUAUGCCGAAUAAAUAUAGGAUAUUUAUGAAAGGCUUAUGGGAAAUGGAUGCGCAGCAUUUUGACGUCGCCUUACAAUACCUUACGCACCCUUCGCUAGAACCGGACUUCGUCGACGAUAUAAUUACCGUCCUCAUUCGCCACGCCAAAAACGGCGACUACACCCUACCUCUCGCCUACUACCAUUCUGUUCAACCCAUAAUUCAGUCAUCCACAGCAUUAGAACUGCUGUUCGGGGCCCUUGCAAAGUCCAGUGUCAUUGAUGCAUUCCAAUUCACACGAUCACAUUCCGAUAUUAUGCGUCACCAACUAUUUCAACGCCUAGUUCUAUCCGUGCUAGAGUCUCCGCGGAACGAUGAAUCGGCCGAGAGAGCACGUGAUUUAACAAGCUUACCAUUCGAUGCGGAGGAAGAGGAAUGGUUCAAGGAGUGUUUGGAAAGUGGUGAGGGUAAGAGAUUGGCAACAGCCAAGGACACCCUCCUUAUGCGCAAAAUUGCUACGGGGCAUGUUGGGUCUGGAGGCGAAGCAGGUACUUGGGCUGUUGUCUUGGAAGGAUUUAAGACAGGGAGCGGAGGGCGUGCUCAAGCUUAAUCCAGCCAGAUCCAUUGAGCCAGAAUUUGAUUUCUUGAGGAAUGCAUAGCACCGGCGUUAAGGAUUUGCUGGACUUAAUAUCUUUGUUGGAAGUUGGCAGCGUCACGUUUCUAGGCUUUUCCCGGCAAUUAAAUCCUGUUUGCCAAAGCAGGCUGCAUUUUUCGAGGUCCGAGACAAAACAGAUCGGAAGUUAUUUUUAAAGUUCGGCAUAUCCCCCAUACUUAGACAAAUUCCGAUGUUCAAUUCCGGAGCCACAUGCAUGCUAGAGAUUCCUCAUUAUACACGGCUGUGUACUUCAGCCUACCUAGGUACCUAAUAUUACAGAUUUUUACUACCUCA